UGCAGCUUUGUCAGAAAGGAAUUAAGGUGACAGUUGUAUGUCCAGGCCCAAUAAAAACUUCAAAUGAUCACGAAACAAGCACCUCAGGACAAAAGGGCUCUGCGGAGAAGCGUGUUUCUUCGGAGAGGUGUGCGCAGCUGACAAUAAUUGCUGCAAGCCAUGGCCUAAAGGAAGUUUGGAUAUCAUAUCAGCCUGUGCUUGCUGUUAUGUACUUAGUACAGUACAUGCCGGCCAUAGGAUAUUGGCUCAUGGACAAGAUUGGGGGGAAACGAGUGGAAGCAGCUGCACAGAAGGGCAACACAUACUCAUUGAGUUUACUGUUUGGGAAAAAGAAAGUACAGUGA